AGGAAUGGGGAGUGAACCUAGAUAUUGUCCCUAUAUGAACAUGCCUGUGAGCGACCUCCUUCAGUCUGCAGCUGGAGUCGUUGUUGGUAUAUCCGUUGAUCCGCAGAAACUGAACCAGAUCUCCAGAACUCCUCUACAGUCAUGGCGUCCUCUGGUCUGGUUAUGUUGCUGCUGAUGUUGGUUUCCUUCCUGAUCUCCAGCCAAAGUGAUCCUCAAGCCUCCAAACACAAAGAGCAUCAUUUACUGCUGAAGAGAGCAAAUAAAAAUAUUGUUGCCAUAGGAAAGGACACUAAGACAUUACUAAAUAAGGUAGAACCUUUUAUUGCACUCAUACCUGAUGCUGGACCUUUUUUAAGUGCUUUUAUUAAACUAUUGUUAGGAGGACGAGGAGAUGGAGAAAAAAUUAUUAGUCUUGUUAAAGCUGAGUUCAAAAAGCUACACGAAAAGCUUGAUAAUCAACUAAUAACAAUGACGUGGAACACCUGGGCCAGCGGUCCGUACCAGGAAGCUGAGUCUAAUAUCAAGUUAGCUUGGAAAAAUUUAAAUGAGCUGUCAGCUAAGUGUAAAAGCCCCUGUUCUGUUUCAAAGAAUAAAGAGCAAUAUAUGAAUCUGUUCAAAAAACUUCAUUCAAACCUGGCGUUCUCCCCUGAUAAGCUGCACAUGUUACUGACAACACAGCAACCUUCUUUCAUCACCGACUUUAAGACGCUUUUCACAGACCACGUCAGGUGUCAUGAAAAGGCCGUCAAAGACUUUGGACAGCUGAUAACAGAGCUUAUGAUUAUGAGCAACACCGUCAGUCUCUUCUACUACAGUCUCCAUGGGGUCAACAAAGCAGAAGAAAUAGCUCAGAUGACCUUUGAAGUGAUAUCAGUCAUGUCUGAGAUCCACAGGUUCUGCAUUUUAAAGCCUGAGAAGUACAUAAUUAAGGACGUAAUCGACCUGAUUGAUGAAAACCAGGACCGCCAGAAGCUGGCUAAAGAUAUCAAGAAGUUUUUGGAGAAAACGUACAGCAACUACGACUGGAUUGUUGUUGCCUUCAUCACCAGACACUCUAAAUAUUCAAGAUUCUACAAUAAGUUCCUCAACAGGCAUUAUUUGGCAGGGUUUACAGAGGUAACCAAGGGGGAAGUGAGCGUUGCUGUGGCCAAACAGAUGAAGGGGAACCACGUCAUGGCAGAACAGGUCAUAAAGGGCAAAAUUCAAAGUUGCCUUUCUAAAAUUACUGAUUGUAAAAAAAUUAUAGAAUCGCUCAACAAAUGCCCACAGAUCAAUGGAAAACCUCUCUCUGACUAUUAUACAGCUGUUCAUGCAUAUGUCAGUAAAAGCCAUGAUAGCGCUGAAGUAGAGCAAGAUGAGUUUAUUGAUGCAGGUCGGUCCACACCGCCGUACAUUUAUACAGGAGACUGCAAAAAAUACAAUAUUCAAACUGGUGGACACUUUAGAGUUCUGAUCCGAAGCGAUGAGGACCUGAAGAAGGAUAAUCCGUGUAAAAAUGUGAACUGUGGCGGAACAGAAAAAGGCAAAUGUGUUACUUUACCAAAUGUCCAGAAGGCAGUGUGUCAAUGUAAUAAAGACUACAUGGGUUCAAGAUGUGAAAUUAGCCUGAAAGAAUUCACGAAUGCCAUCAGAGUAGGAAUGCCCAAAGUGUGAAAGAUCCACAAUCUUUGGUUUCCAUCUCAAAUAAGCUCUGCCAAUGAAGCUCUUUAAACUGAAUCUGACUUUAUUCCAACAUAUGUUCCAACUUAUUUUAUGAAUCAUGCUAGUUGUGUUUUUCCACUUCCCUCAAAUGUGUGCAUUAGUUAAUAAACUGUAAGACUAAACAGUAGAGACCCAUAUUCUGUUUCCCUGAUCGGUUGUACUGAUGAUUCUGACUUCCUGUCAAACCAUGUGAUCAUUUUCCAUUUAAAUGUUUUUCCUGCUUGAAGCUUCUGUACAAACUUUGAAGAAAAACAAUAAUACAAUUACACCUAAAAUUAAAAUCCUUUGCAUCAUGA